CGUGUGUGUGUGUGUACCACGUGGGGCGUGUCCGUGUGUGUGUACCACGUGGGGCAGCGUGUGUGUGGGUGUGUGGAUAUAAGACUCUGAGCCACAGAGCACUGAGCUCACACGCGGAUCGCAGCUGCGAUUCGUCUACGCAGCAGCAGCAGCAACGCGCUCCGUCAACGUUUCCGUCAAACCCUCCCCACCCAUCGUCAAACAUCAACAUCAUCCAUUAUUCAUCGUCACACCUUGCUGAGCCAGCAGUCAGGUGGUGGCUGUAAACAUCGAUUAGUCUGGACACGUUUCAGCGGCGACAGUCGUAGAACUCGACACUCGCCGUGGGUGCUGAACAGCGGCGGUGCUGCGUGUGGACACACGGAGCGUGGCACGCACAGCGGGUCUCGGCUUCGAAUACAGCCGAUUUGUAUCGCCGGCACGACAUUAGCAAGAGGAUUUGAUGAUCCCUGCGGGCAGACUUUAGUCAAAUUGCUGCUGCUGAAGACGAAGAAGACCGACACGACCCGUCACACGCAGAGUCUGCAUCGUGGACCGCAGCCACUCGCGAGUCGGCGGACCUCUCGGCAAAACCUCGUCGAAUACAUUUCUCCCUCGCGCUCCACGUGUGGCCAUGGAGGCCCCGUUCUACCACGACGACGUGGUCGGCCUUCACUCGUUCGGCCAGGUGAGCGCCUUCGCCAGCUACUCGAGCAAGAACGUCGCCCUCCUCCGGCAGGGCAAGGCGGCCGCGCAGACGUCUCCGCUGCCGGGAGUGCUGCAGGCCACCGCGUGCGUGGGUGGUCCACCGCUGCUGCCACCCUCGUCUUCGACGUCGUCCCUCGUGUCUUCAGCAUCAUCAUCAUCGCCACCAUCGCCACCUCCUCCUCCUCCUCCUCCCGCACCGCCGUCAGCGUUGUCAUCUGCUGCAUCUUCAUCAUCCUCGUCGUCUUCGACCUCGUCUUCUCCAUCCGAGUCGGCCAUGCUGAGGCUGUCGAGCUCUGACAUGGAGCGCUUCAUCAUCCACCACCACCACCGGCAGCAGCAGCAACAACAACAGCACCACCACCUCCACCACCUCCACCAGGGCGGCCCGGGGCUGUCCGCGCCGCUGUCCCCGGGGCUGCACGGCGCCGUCUCGGGCGCCUUCGGCCGCGGCGGCGGCAGCGCCGCCGAGGAGGAGAAGGACAACUUCGCCAAUGGCUUCGUGCGCGCCCUCGAGGAGCUCCACAAGCAGAACAUCCGGCACAGCGCCGCCUCCUCCUCCUUCUCCUCCUCCUGCUCGCCCGCCCUGGUGAGCCAGCUCCACGGCUCGGGCUACGAGGCCCCCUCCCCCCACCAGCAGCAGCAGCACCUGCUGCCCAGCUACGCGCCGCUGCUGCCGCAGCACCACGCGGCGGCCGAUGUUCGCCAGGGGCCCCCCUCCUCCUCCUCCUCCCCCGCCGCCUGCUACGCGGACCUCGGCGGCUACGGGCCGCAGCUCGGGCUCGCGUCCACAGGCGGUGGCGGCGGCCUCCAGCAGGGCCUCGCGGGGACCUCUGCUGGAGGCCUCGAGUACGGAACGUCGGCCCUGUACGCGCACGCACAGAGCGCGGGCCACGCGUCCUCCCUGCAGUACCUGCCCAGGUCCCAGCAGCAGCAGCAGCAGCUGCUGCUCAAGGAGGAGGAGGAGGAGACCCUCCAGACUGUGCCCGACCUCAUGCACGAGGGUGGUGGCGGUGGUGGAGGACCUUCCAACGCCUCGUCAACGUCGUCCUCUUCCUCCUCCUCCUCGGCGGCGGCCACAGUGAGCGACCUCGUGGGGCGCGGGGCCACGGCGCCGGUGGACAUGGAGUCGCAGGAGAAGAUGAAGGUGGAGCGCAAGCGGCUGCGCAAUCGCAUCGCGGCGUCCAAGUGCCGCAAGAGGAAGCUGGAGCGCAUCGCCCGCCUCGAGGAGAAGGUGGCCGCGCUCAAGGCCAACAACGCGCAGCUCGCGGGCACGGCGGGCACGCUGAGAGAGCAGGUGGACACGCUGAAGCAGAGGGUCCUCAACCACCUGGGCAGAGGCUGCCGCUUGGCCAUUGGGGCCACCCAGGGCGGCACGGCUCUGCAGGCCUUCUGAUGGCCGCGGGCGUUUGAUGGGGAGGUCACGCGAUUCACCGAGCCGGCUGGUCGGGCAGGCGCGGCAAGUGGCAGCGGCAGCAGCAGCGGCAGCUGCAUCCACGAGAAGGAGGCCAAACGGGAGAGAGUUGACGGUGGGGUUUUUCCCCAUGAAGGUUGUGGAGAUGAUGGAGAUGAUGAUGAUGAUGCGUCGAGAGGGGCUUGCGUGGACUGAGCUCCUCGUGCUCACGGCGGAGGGCGAGAGACGAGCGGCAAGGAGGGCAUCGAGGCGCGUGGAUCAUUCUUCUCGAGACUGGAAUUCUGGCUGUGAUGAUGAUGAUAUGCAGCGGCGUCGAUCGAGAUUUGGCUCCCAAAGUUCAGUGCCCACUUACGAUUUAAAAUAUGAAAUGUCUCGUAAAAUCUGAAGUUUUAAAUGAGUGGUACAUUAGCAGGAUACGGUGGCGAAAAAAGCAGUGGAUAUGAUGGUACAUCCCACUGCAGUACCGUACUACGUGAGUCCUGCAGUACUGUGGUGGUAAUGUGGUGGUACCUGUGGUGGUACCUGUGUUGGUACAUGCCACUGCAGCACUCUACGACUAAAAUACGAAAGCAUGGUCGGAAAUUGAAAUACCGAGAUUGUAAUGUUUACGCGCUAAAGAAAAUUGUGCGAUUGAAUAUUUGCGACCGCAGAUUGAAUGUAAAGAUGUUUAGAAAGGAGGAGGAGGCAUUUCUCUUGAGAUGACCUAUAUUAUUAUUUAUGUGCUUAUGGAUCUUUCCCUUAAAGGGACCGGCAACUGCCGUCCGAGCUUUCGGUGGUGGUCUUAAUUUGAUAGUUUCGGUGGAGUCACCGAAAAGGUGGUGGUGGUGGUGGUGGGGGGCUUCAGUUCUCACAAGGGAAGUGGCGACGUGGAAUCGAGCUGGUUUCAAAACAGCUCUUCUUGAGGCCUGCGAGCGAGUGCAGCUUUAAUUGUGGAGGCAUUUUGGCUUCGAGAAAAAAGCCGUGAGUCACCACCACUCCGCCUUUGAUGAGAAAGCCUUUAAGCCCCCGGGGGGAUGCGUGGGUGGUGGUGGUUGUGGAUGACGUAUUCAACCACCACUGCCAACAACAACUACCCACCACAUUUUUUUUAUUAAACUCCUACCCCUCGGCAAACCCGCGGGGCUGAAACGUUCCUAGGCCAGAGUUGGGGGGCCCUGAUGAUUCAUGCGGCUUGCAGUGUUACACGUGGGGGCCUUUUGUAAUACAAUAGACAAUAUAUGGGUCUCAGAAGGGGAGGCGAUUUGAAAGUGCCUUGUACAGGCUGAAUGUUGUAAGCGGUGCCAUAUGUGUGUGUGUCGCUGCUGGCUGGGUGGCCAACCAAUACGCACACACACACACGUGCAUAUGUUCGAAUUCAGGCUGUGGUUGACUUUGCGACCCACCCCUUCGUGGGAGGGCUCGGUGAGUGGGUUAGUAAAACGCGUAGCCGCCACGUUAAGAGACGUGAACUGCUUUUACAGACUGACUGGGCCCCGCCAGUGAUUGUGGACAUGAGCACCAGCAAUGGUGAUGGGCACUGCCCAGUACUCGUUUUAUUUGAUAAACACUUUGCCUUUGACUAUACAGUACUGUGUGUGUAGUUGUAUAAGCUGUCAUUAUAUACAUAGUCCUAUUUUUGUGAUUGGCUCCUGCCAUAUGAACGUGGAAUUUCCACUACUGGCUCUGUGGAGGGGUGGGGGGGCGUCCGGCAGUAGAACAGAGCGUCUCGCCACGGACUCUCUCACCUUGAGCUGCCGCCGCCGUCGAUAUUUGUUCGUCUUCAAUUUGACGAUGAGCGGAGCGUGGAGUUCAAGGUGCCGACAGCUGUGUUUUAAAAGCUCGACAGUGUUCACCAAAAUGUGUGGUGGUGGUGAUGGGGAAGGGAGGGAGGGUGGUGGUGGUUAUUUUUUUCUGUGUUGCUCUGCCCGCUUGCUGCACGGUAAGAAAGGGCCAACACUCAGUACGCAAGCCAAGCCCGAGUUAGCAGCACCAUGGCAACUCGAACAAGAUGUUCGGUAAUGGAUGGUUUGUCAAACGUCUUAUUAUGAUUUUACUACUGUGAAGUGUAAAUUUGACUUCAAAAUCCAUAUCGACAAUUAUUUUUUUUCGAAGUCAAAUGUGAGUCAUGAUUUGCCAAUUCGGUCAAACACCAAUCACACACACGCACGCGCGCGUGUAAAAUGCAAUUUGCGUAGCUGCUAUAGAUCUGUGUUUGUGUUUCUAAAGGCACCCGGGCACACACACGGAUUAACUGAUGCUCUGACAUUCGUUGAAGCACGGUGUAAUUCACAAGCAGACAUUCCAUGUGGUCGAGCGAUUGUUACUAUGGUUUCACCGACUGACUCACAUUGGAAAAGUUAAAGAAAACCUAUAUUGGGGAGUCGAUUCAACCCAUAAUCACCCCCAGGAAUUGGGGGGUUAUAAAAUUGGUACUACUUUAUGGCAAUGUUCAGGGCGCCACGGUGGCUAUGAGAUGUUAACUACCUCGCCUGGUCUACAGGAGGUCGUGGGUUCGAUCCCGACCCUGGCGCCUGCUGCUGCUGCUGUCUAUGUGGUGUGUUCUCCCCGUGGGGGCGUGGGUUCUUCUCGGAGAUCUUGGGGUUUUCCUCCACGUUUAGAAUAAUGCGUUUAGGGUAUUUGGGUGUUAUACAUUUUCACGUGAUAAACCAUUUAAUUGGGAUAUAUUUGUGGCCAGGUCGCUAAGGAAAAAAGAGCUAUGUAGCUCAUUGGGCCUUACCUGGUAAAGUUAAAAAAAUAGUUUAGUUUUAAUGCGGAAUUCCCACCACUGGUUAAUAUGCCUGCGCAGGGUGACCCUUUGAAUUCGAGACAGAUCCAAAUUUCAAGAUGACGUUUCACAGUUUCCACAAUUUUCUGCACCAUGUGACACGAUGUUCUGCUUACAAUUUACAAAUCGUUCUGAGUGCGUAAGUGGUUUAUCUAUAUGAAGUGGUGUCUUUAAUAGUGAGGACUGCUCUCAAUAUCUGGAAUGGAUUUUUUUUUAUCAAACUUGGCCUGGCAUGGUAUAAUUGGAUUGCGGAAUGGCCCUUGGAGGAGGGAUUUUUUUAUAGUCCGAAUCCAUUUGUGGUGUUCCAUGCCAGGAUUUAGAUUUAUCAAUGACCAACUCUGUGGUGUUAAACUCGGCGGUUGGUCAAACUAACUUGGAGUCCAUCAUACGGACUAAUGUGAAACAAAUGUUGCAUCAAACACAUUGUACUGUAUUCAUUUUAUCACCAUUUUUUUGUAUCUUCAAUAGAUGUAUAAUUUCCUGGUUAUUUUUUGUGGUCUUUGAAACAAAAUAGAUACUUUGACAUGUAUUAACGUUUACCGGCUUUAUGUGAAUAUUUUUCAAUCGAUUUGUAAUUUAGUUUUGAAUGAAAAAUGCAAAUACAUGGAAAAAUACUGUCGUGCUAAAAGUGCUAAUGGCUACAAUGCUUUGGUUAAGAACGCGUAGACUUUGACAGCCAGGCAUAUCGGAGUAUGGUUUCCUUGAUUCGUGCGAGUCUAUAUAUUACAUGGACCUGUUGUGUGUAAAAUCUUAACACUUUGCAAGCACUCGGCAAGGAUUCACGAUGGUGGCGCUUGGGAUCUCUUGAGAGCCCAUUGGUUGACGUGACCACUACACGCGUGUUGUUGUGAGCGCUUCCGGUUGCCUUUGAUGUUUGAUGUCGCAGACGAGAAGGAUGGUGUGCGUCUCGACAGAGUAGGGACUCUUGAACGUCAAUCCAUCAUCAUCACCACCACCAUCAUCAUCUCUGGGGUAGAUAAAAUAAGCUCCACCCUUCGCGAGGAUGUCUGGUAAUUGGUACAAGUCAGCGGUGGUGUUGUCACUGAUGGACUGGCACCUGCCAUGACAAUGUGGAGUUGUAAAAAUUGGCUUAUAUUUCUCCCAGUUGCUGGAUAGAGCCUUGUCCUCAGUGCCCUUUUUUGCAACUAAUUGGUAAUUUAUAGAACAAAUUAAAUGAUACUGUAUAUAGGAUUAUUUUAAUUGAAAGAAAUAUUUAUAUAUUUUGAUCUCUCAGUUUAGAUGCUACCACAGUACAAUAUAUAGCACUUGUCCAACGAAGCCUAUAAUCACCAUCGUCUUCACCAUCAUCAUCUCAUCGGGGUGGCUGAUAUGAGUACGACCUGGCGUUGAUUGCGCCACGUGUGCACAGGAAGUCAACAGCGAGAGAGUUGUCUUGAUUUAUUUACAGACUAACUAUGCCACGGUAAUGUGGAGUUUAUUAAUCACUGCUGUCGAACGGUGAAGUACGACCACAUUAUUAUGCUACUUUUUUGUGUUUAGCUGCUACUGUUACAUAAAUGAUAAUUACGUACCUUAAGUGAAAAAAAAACUUUAUUUUCUGUUACCUGAUGUGCCAGUUGUGUUUUUUUGUAUUUUCUGCCAAAGAGGCAUUCUAGCACUGUGUAUUUAGAAAUGGGCAUUUGUUACGCGUAACGCGGUCUACAUAUUGAAAGCUAUACAUCGUGGCGAUUGUGGCUUACAUACGAUUGAAAAUAAAUAAAUGUUGCAAACGAG